UUUCUUUUCCAAGCUGCUUCUUGUACGUGACCGAAAGACUCUAAAGCGAUGAGGAUUAGAAAGAUAAAUCGGUUACAUAUGAGCUGCGGACCCCCGUUCUUUGGUGUUUUGUAAUUCUUUUACGUUUCGUUCCCGCGCAAUGACAGCGGAAGCCAAAGCGUGAUCAUGUCCCUCCCAGCACAUCAGCGUAACAGCGGAAGGAAACAUAAUUUUCCAUGAGCUCUCGCUCAUUCCCGUUCGCAUCACAGCUGAUAUGCUAAUAUCUUAAGACGGGCGACCAAAGUGCCCUUACCGCCAUCGCUAUCGUUCUCAACUGCUGCAAUCCAUCACUCACGCGCUUCGGGGCGUCCACCGUAGUAGGAGUAGUGCGGGAUUACGCGCAAGUACGGGAAAUUCGGCUUCAAGGAACGGUUUCACCCGCGGGUGAAAAAGGCAACAAGAAAAGGAAAAGGGUUGUGUCAAAGAAGAAAAAAACGGCGAAACGGUGUAUAAAAGUUUGAUCAUGGAAAACUCGUACCCCAUCGUUCGAUCACAGUAACCCGCGCAGUGAGCUGAUGAGUGAAGGAAGACAGAAAACGGUGGUGCGUACAGCGGUACACAUGUGUUUCACCAAGUGCGUCUGUUUGUGUGUGUGUGUGUCAUUGCGUAUAAAGAGUGUCAAAUGGGAAAAGAUAUUACGGUACCAAAAGGCAAAGCUAACCCGUUCCCUGAGCGUGGCAACAGUUGGGUGACAAAUUGGGAAAAAUUAAGAUACUUUUUUCUCGGUAUCUGCCACUGACAGAGAUCUUGCCGGGAUCGUGCAAAAGGGAAAGGUAUGCCGCCUGGGAUUAAUGUCACUGGAUGCUGUGGCGCAGUAUCGCCUCUAAGUAGGCUGUUUUGCAUGAAAUCCGUCCGUCGCUUCUUCGAACCCUCGGUGGACAGCCAAGGUGUUUGUGUGAGAGGCGGAUAAGCAAAGCGAAGAGGGUGAAGUCUGGAAGCAUCUUGAGAACUUCGUCUUUUGGCUGUUGUUAUGAGUUGAGGUGAUUUGAGUGAAAGGGCACUAGAGGGUAUGGCAAGUUUAUUAAGAAUCCCGGCACGAUACAGUGUCGUUGCGGCACAGUAGCGUUAGGUGCGUGCUUUGAAACAAAAUAUGACAACCACUGGUGUGUACCUCAAAGUGCGUCAAAAAAGGGUCGAUUUCGACGCCAUCGGAUGUGCCUCUGUGUGGAAGAAAUUGUGCAAUCAAAAGUCCUGUUUUUUCUAUAGGUUGUUGUUUUUUUCUACUUUCUUCUCGUUUUCUUCCAGUGUUUAACUUUCAAGACAAAAAGCAUUGUGUAGUGUUGUUUACCAUCGAUGUAGAGACCGGGUGCCAAAGACCGGAACGUGAGUGAGUGGAUUAUGGUUAUGAAACACCGUUUGGUGUGUUGUUGUACGCUGGAAUAACGAUAGUUUUGUCGAACGUAUUAAAUAAAGUGUUAAAUAAGGUGCGACAGCAGUGUGAACAAGCUUAACGCAAGCGCUUGGUCUGUGUUUGUUGGGAGUGCUUCAAGUUGUACUUUGUCUCCAAAUGCAAACGCUUCAACACCAUCCAUCCGUAGAAAUGGGCCAAGAACCUGGUCAUCAUCAUCAUCUCAUAGCAACCGUUUAAAGUGCGCGCGAGAAAACAAAUCACGCUGCUAGGGAGAGAUGGAAUAAAACGGAACGAUAAAAAAAACUCCUCGCGCAAGGUGCAACAUAGGAAUCCAUCUACAGUUGACAGGAUCAUUAGUGACGUUUAGCGCAACGAACGGUACACGACGGCAACGAACCCACGAAAGUUGCAAAAAAAGCCAUGAUGAUCACUAUGAAAAGAAGGCUGCAUCAAAAGUUGGUCGUGUUGUCGGUGCUGAGGAUUGGACCGGCCGGUGGCACCAGUGCGUGUGUGACAAGUGCCGCACUGUGGAUGUGUUCCGGCAGCUCGAAAAAGUGUUAAAAGUUAAUUGAAAUCGGACUGUAGCAACAAAACAAGAAAGAAAAAAAAAUAAACCUCCAACAACACCGGGAGCUUAGUGUUGUGCGGUGCAGCUCAGUCACCAUACAAUUACACAUGAAAUCGUACCAACUUUGCACUAAGCAAAGCAGAAAUGAGUGAACCGCGUGUUGUUGCUUGGUGUUGAAGGAAACGAUUUGCAUAGCUGACGGCGAUAGUGCCGGAGUGUGGAAGGUGUUUUUGAAUGUAAAUUUUCCCACGAGUAUAAAAUCUUUACCGAGCACUAGCUGCCAACGGACAUCCUUUCGUGCAUGCACAAAAGCUUGCACUGCAUACAAUUUGCACUCCUUUCCUACAUACCGACGUACAUAGGUAAAGAUGAAUGGUUUCCAUAAAAGCAAAUGAAUGCACGUGACGUGUGAAUGUGGCACGUAUGCAACUGUUGCAACAAGUUGGCCUAGUAAUAGUGUCCGUCUCAUGGGAUGUGUAAUUAAGCAAAAUCGUUUUACAAAUAUGGAACAAAUAAUAAAAAAACGUGUGUCAAGCAUACGUAAGUGAAAUUAGAAGCAUCGAUGAGAAGAAAAAAAUGUAUAAGUGAAUUAGCGUAACACGCGAAAACCGAAAAAGAGACAUAAAAAACGAUUGUUCUUCGAGCUUUAUUACUUCAGAAUCGCUACUGUCUGUUACUCCACUAUCCAGGCAAACCGUAUAACCAAGAAACGUAACGCACGUGCCAUGGCUUGGAUUUACAACGGUUCCGAUCUAAGCUAUCUCUGUUGCUGCAAUCAAAGGCAUCUUCUAGCUGUGAUAUUCAUCUUUACCAUCGUCAUGGGCGCACCACAUACGGAUUUCACCUCUUCGCAGCGGCAAACGUUGGUGCAAGAUACCGAAAGUAGUAGCAGCAGCAGCAGCAACCAUCGUCAUCAUCAACCACACCAUCACCACCAUCAUCACCACCACCAUCAACAUCCAGGCUCAUCGGUAGCUCCAUCGGUGUCGCCAUUUCCGGCCGCGAUGUAUUUUGCCACACAAAACAACACAAAAGUCACCGCACAACGAGGCGGUACGGCCCUGUUACCGUGCACCGUCAUCAGCCAAUCUUCCGCCCUGGUAUCGUGGAUACGCCGGCAAGACUUCCAGCUACUAACGGUCGGUCUCUCGACGUACAGCAGCGACGAACGGUUUCUGGUCGAGCAUUUACGCCAUUUGGGCCACUGGGCACUGCGGAUCAAAUCCGUGCGCACCGAGGACGAGGGUCUGUACGAAUGCCAGCUGUCCGUUCAUCCCGUUCAAUCGGUGUUUGUCGAGCUUAAAGUCGUAGAGGCAGCAGCAGAAAUAGUCGGAGCACCCGAUCUACACAUUUAUGAGGGAUCUACCUUACGGCUAGAGUGCAAAUUACAGCGUGCUACCGAGAAUCCCAUGUUCGUGUUCUGGUACCACGAGCAGAAUAUGGUAAACUUUGAUCAGCUGAACGGAUUUUCCGUCACACCGUUCCAACCGCCAGCCACCGCCGGGCAUCCGUCGCAUCUGCAUCCCUACCUGUUGCCACAUCCACUCCAGGAGCACGAACUGCCACUAUCGUCCGAGGAGCAAGGAUUCAAUUUGCUAGACGACGAUAGACUGCUCCAGCGGUCAUUGCAACUCGGGCAGGAUUCUUCCGAACCCUUCCUACCACCGUCCUCUUCCUCCUCGCUGCUACUAGCGUCCUUGGCGGCGGCAGCCCUAUCUUCUUCUCCCUACCACCAGCAACACUUAGAUCGUACCGAUCUAUCGUUGGAACGGCAGGACGAACCGUCCGGUACGGUAUCGUCCGAUGCGCUGGAUCUAGCCGGUAUACCACUACAUAACCAUCCACAUCUCCACCAUCAGCACCAUCAUCCGUACCACAAUCAACAUCAUCUCGCGAUGAAUUACAGCGAUCCAAUGCCGUACUCGCACAUCCUGACGCCGGCACCGAGCGUGCUAACGAUCAAGGAGGUCCACUUACGGCACGCCGGUAAUUACACGUGCGCUCCAUCGAAUGCCCGCCCGGCCAGCAUCACCGUGCACGUGCUGCAGGGUGAGAAGCCAGCAGCGAUGCAACACGCCAACCGCAGCCAGCUGGACGACGGUGGCAAACCGUCCCGAAGCGGAAGUCACCCACAGCGAUCUGCCAUGUCGACGAUGCUGGUGCUGCUACCGCAGCUGAUGAUGAUGCUGAUGAUGACGGUGAUGCUGUACGGUUCGGUGGCCCAUCAUCGGUGAAAGGAAAUGUCGCUAAUAAGUGUUGAAUGAUGAAAAACUGAACGACGAUGAUGGUGAUGAAGGCACGAGCGUGUACCAACGGAAGCAUGGAAAUGUUUUAUAUGCGGAAAUUAAAUACAAGAAAAGAACCACACAAAACUGAUGAACAUCUAAGCAAAUCGUUACAUACUGUAUCAUAUAGUUCAAAGGGACAAACCCCGUAAGCGUAACAUUAUGAACAACUGCAGUGAAGAGGAGCAGCAAACAGAAAGAGAAAGGAGAAAGAAAUCCACACAGUAUUUUACUCCACCAAGCAUUUUCCUGUUGUCGCGUUGUGUUUGUGUUUAAGUUUUCUGCCAAACUCUCGUACUAAGGGCUGCCGUAAUGCUGCAGGAAACGAUGUUACGAUUCCAAUUAAAAGCGCGUCGCACGGGACGUCUUUUUUCCGUUCACGUUGGCAUGGUAUACGUUUCCAAAAAAAAAAAAUCCAACCACUAAUGUGCAACAGCAUUGAAAGCAUAUGAAUACGAAAAAACGGAAACGAACAAAGCAAAGAAUCGGAGUAGUUAGAUAAAAUGUUAUAUCGGGGAUAGGAAAAGAAUACAGUGCAGUAGCAACAGGUAAGAAAGAGUACACGGGUAGUAGGGCCAAGGGAUACGUAAUGGGUUUGCGUAGUGAAUGCGUGUUAGCAAAAAGGAAGAAAAAGUAUUAUUCAUAUACAGGAAGUAUUUCAGAACUCAAUAAAAAAAACACUGCUCUAAACUCUGAAA